AUGUUGAUCCUCCACGAUGAGACCACUCUUUUGCAUGACACGGUUGAGCUACUCGGCGCAAAGUUAAUACCUGCACAAGAAAGCCCAGCACGAAUCAAGGCAAUUGUGGAUGCAGUCAAACACUCUGGAAAUCAUGAGCUUCGAACGAUUUCAGCAAGCGAGGAAGAUCAGAAGACAACGAUUGCGCUUGCUAAAGCCAACCACAAGCCUGAAUACAUUGAGCAUAUUCAGAACGUCUUCAGUCAGUGGCUGAAAGAAGGUCUAGUCGAAGCGCACGAGAGUGUCCUGCCAGAAUGCUUUCGACUACAAAACGUUGCCAAUGCUAAACUUCGGCCACCAAAAGACAUCUAUGCUCGAGCAGGUUACUAUGCUUUCGACAUGAGUACCGGCAUAUCCAAAAACAGCUGGCAAUCCAUCGUUGCAUCUGCCAACCUCGCUGUACAGGCAGCCCUGCUCAUGGCGGAAGCCCCUACCAACAGCAAGAACCCCUUUCAACAAAACUCACCUAAACUGAAAUCUGUCCUCGCUCUCUGCCGCCCACCUGGCCACCACUGCACAGGCUCUCAAGCAGGCGGCUACUGCUACCUUAACAACAUCGCCAUAACAAUCACUACCUUCCGCCAAUUCACUCACUCCCGACGUCUCCGCCGACCAAGCAACCCUAACUUCGCCUCAGUCUCCACCCUCAAAUUCGCCAUCCUAGACCUCGACUUCCACCACGGCAACGGCACCCAAGAGCAAUUCUACAUGGACCCAACAGUCUUCUACACCAGUAUCCACGGCCAAGACGAGUUCCCAUACUACACCGGCGCAGCUUCCGAGCAAGGACCAUCGAGUUCACCGGCUUUCGGCACGAAUCUAAAUCUACCGCUGAAGACAGGCAGCUCGUUCGAGGAGUACUUGGCAAAACUGCAUAUUGCUUUAAGUGCCAUACAGCAAUUUGGCGCGGACCAUUUACUUGUUAGUCUCGGCUUUGAUACAUUUCACACGGAUCCGUUAGGGAAAUUCCAAAUCGAAACACAGGACUACAAGGUCAUGGCGAAGACUGUAAGGGCCAUGCUGAAGAAUUUGCCGGCUGUAAUUUUGCUUGAGGGUGGGUAUGUGGUUGAUCGGUUGGGAGAGAAUCUUUUGAGCUUUCUGGCUGGGUGGGAGGAGGCUGAGGGUGCUUCGUGA